CUUGUGCCUGGAAGGACAGAUUCCCAUUGUUGGAGAUUUCCCAGGCUACUGUCCAAAAGAUUCCCAGGCUACCCUCCGUUCUCUUCCGUCUUCUGAAAACUAAAACUCGCAAAGCGGUGGCUGGCUGUGGAUUGGCUAGUACUAAAAUAUCCAUUGGGUGGCAGUAAUACUAUCCUCUUUAUGACUUGCAGCAAACCAGAGAAUGCAUUCAAUCAAAUGAACCGAUCUUGUAGAAACACUGGAAUCAUUUAUGCAUUGCAGUUCCUCUUUCUUGUUUUUGCUCCUUCUUCCCUGGGAUAUUUUGAGUGGAUUGUGGCUAUAAAUCAAGAUCUCUUGCUAUUCGUGGUUUGCUUGUCGUUUUCGCUCAGGAUUAGUAUCAUUCAAGACAAACGAAAAGCUGCCUCCCCCCUCCCUCUUUUGAAAAAUCAUUUUUGGGGGCUGUUGAAGAGAGCUAGGACCCAGGAGACACCUUCCCAAACAGCAGGGGUUGUGUGCUUUCACAUACCAGUACUGUACAAGGAAAACCCGUCGGAUCUGUUAUUGCGGGAUACUUGUGAAAUAUACAUAGGAUUCUUUCUUAUGGCUGCAUCCCGGAUCUGGAAAUUUUACUUGGGGACCAGGCAGAAUUGAAAGGCUACAUGUAUCCAGAAGAUUUGCAAGCAAGACUCCGAUUCUUGUGGUAGAGCUCACAGACUUCCUCACUUGUCAGCCUUUUUCCUUCCUUUUUUUUCUUAAAAAAAAAAAAUUAGCUCCUUUUUUUCUGUGCUCUCCUCUCUCAGUCUCACCUUUUCUAUCUGCUUCUUCUUUUUCUCUCCCAGUCUUUUUCCCCCUGCUCUGCACCUGGAUUGUAUCUUCACCAAACAAUCGGGCACUUUGAGAACUAACUGGAGACAGUCUUGUAGGGGAAGAUCUGUAUGGAAUUAUCUGCUUUUAUGGUGAACUUGGCAUUUGUGAAUGGGUAUCUUGUUCACGAUAUUAAUUGCUAGCAAAAACAAGAAAAAGAGCCCAGGAGUAAAACGUGGAUUUUUCUGAAUACGCAUUGUGAUGACCAGCAAUUACCUUACCGACUAAUAUCCAGAGGAGAAUAAUUUGGAAGACAGUUGUGGGGAACAGCCUCUAAGAGCUGGAAGAUGAAAGCUCCAAUUCCACAUUUGAUUCUGUUAUACGCUACUUUUACACAAAGUUUGAAGGUUGUGACCAAAAGAGGCUCUGCGGAUGGAUGCACAGACUGGUCCGUGGACAUUAAGAAAUACCAAGUUUUGGUGGGAGAACCUGUUCGAAUCAAAUGUGCACUCUUUUAUGGUUAUAUCAGAGCAAAUUAUUCCCUUGCCCAAAGUGCUGGACUCAGUUUGAUGUGGUACAAGAGCUCUGGCCCUGGAGAUUUUGAAGAACCAAUAGCCUUUGAUGGAAGUAGAAUGAGCAAAGAAGAAGACUCCAUUUGGUUCCGACCAACACUGCUACAGGACAGUGGACUUUAUGCUUGUGUCAUCAGAAACUCCACUUACUGUAUGAAAGUAUCUAUCUCACUGACAGUGGGUGAAAAUGACACUGGACUCUGCUACAAUUCCAAGAUGAAGUACUUUGAAAAAGCUGAACUUAGCAAAAGCAAGGAAAUUUCAUGCCGGGACAUAGAGGAUUUUUUACUACCAACCAGAGAACCAGAAAUCCUUUGGUAUAAGGAAUGUAGGACAAAAACAUGGAGGCCGAGUAUUGUAUUCAAAAGAGACACCUUGCUUAUAAGAGAAGUCAGAGAAGACGACAUUGGAAAUUAUACCUGUGAAUUAAAGUAUGGAGGCUUUGUUGUGAGAAGAACUACGGAAUUAACAGUUACAGCCCCUCUGACUGAUAAGCCACCCAAGCUUUUGUAUCCUGUGGAAAGUAAACUGACAAUCCAGGAAACUCAGCUGGGUGACUCAGCUAAUCUAACCUGCAGAGCUUUCUUUGGGUACAGUGGAGAUGUUAGUCCCUUAAUUUACUGGAUGAAGGGAGAGAAAUUUAUUGAAGAUCUGGAUGAAAAUCGAGUUUGGGAAAGUGAUAUUAGAAUUCUUAAGGAACAUCUUGGGGAAAAGGAAGUUUCUAUCUCAUUAAUUGUGAACUCUGUGGAAGAAGGUGACUUGGGAAAUUAUUCCUGUUAUGUUGAAAAUGGAAAUGGACGUCGACAUGCCAGUGUUCUCCUUCAUAAACGGGAGCUAAUGUACACAGUUGAACUUGCUGGAGGGCUUGGUGCUAUUCUUUUACUGCUUGUUUGUUUGGUGACCAUCUAUAAGUGUUACAAGAUAGAAAUCAUGCUCUUCUACAGGAAUCAUUUUGGAGCUGAGGAGCUGGAUGGAGACAAUAAAGAUUAUGAUGCGUACCUGUCAUACACCAAAGUGGAUCCUGACCAGUGGAAUCAAGAGACUGGGGAAGAAGAACGUUUUGCUCUUGAAAUUCUCCCUGAUAUGCUUGAAAAGCAUUAUGGCUACAAGUUGUUUAUACCAGAUAGAGAUUUAAUCCCAACUGGAACAUACAUUGAAGAUGUGGCAAGAUGCGUAGAUCAAAGCAAGCGGCUGAUUAUUGUCAUGACUCCAAAUUAUGUGGUCAGAAGAGGCUGGAGUAUCUUUGAACUGGAGACCAGACUUCGAAACAUGCUUGUGACUGGUGAAAUUAAAGUGAUACUAAUCGAAUGCAGUGAACUACGCGGCAUUAUGAACUAUCAGGAGGUGGAGGCUCUCAAGCACACCAUCAAGCUCCUGACGGUUAUUAAAUGGCAUGGACCAAAAUGCAACAAGUUGAACUCUAAAUUCUGGAAACGUUUACAGUAUGAAAUGCCUUUUAAGAGGAUAGAACCCAUUACACACGAGCAGGCUUUAGAUGUAAGUGAGCAGGGGCCUUUUGGGGAGCUGCAGACUGUCUCAGCCAUUUCCAUGGCUGCGGCCACCUCCACAGCUCUAGCCACUGCCCAUCCAGAUCUCCGUUCUACCUUUCACAACACGUACCAUUCACAAAUGCGUCAGAAACACUACUACCGAAGCUAUGAGUACGACGUACCUCCUACUGGCACCCUGCCUCUUACCUCCAUAGGAAAUCAGCAUACCUACUGUAACAUCCCUAUGACACUCAUCAACGGGCAGAGGCCACAGACAAAAUCGAGCAGAGAGCAGAAUCCAGACGAGGCCCACACAAACAGUGCCAUCCUGCCGCUGUUGCCAAGGGAGACCAGCAUAUCCAGUGUAAUAUGGUGACAGAAAAGCAAAGGACAUCCCAUCCCUGGGAGUUUGAGUGAAACCUGCAGCCCAGUGCCUGGAACUAAAUCCUCGACUGCUGCUGUCAAAAACAUGCAUUACAAUCUCUAGAACACGAGGAAAAACAGGGUCUUGUACAUAUGUUUUUUGGAAUUUCUUUGUAGCAUCAGUGUCUUCCUGUUUUACCAUGUCUCUUACCAUUACAUUUUUUUGACUUUGUUUUAUAUGUCAUUAGAAUUUGUAAACUUACUUUUUUUUAAAGAAGAGACUUGAUGUGUAGAUAGAAAACUCUUUUUUUGCUUCAUUAGUUUAGUUUUAGAAUGAAUUUUUAUUUCCUUUUUAAAAAAUGUUAUUUCGCUUUUAACAUUUCCUUGGGGUGCUUGGACAAACCUAUCCGAUGGGACAAGGAGCACCGGAUCCUCUCUCGAGUUCUGCCUUUGAUCUGCUGGGCCAUCUCGGCCUUCAGUGAGCAGUUCAAGACUGCCAGCAUUGCCAUUUGAGAAACAAGAGAGUGCAAAAGAGAGAGAGAGAGAAAGAAGAACACUUGCUCACAGGAGGGCCCCGCCAGUCAGAGCCCUGAAUCUCUUCCUUGUCCCACCUCAUUCCCCACUUCUACCCUUCUAAUGGCAGCAUGACGUGUAAACUCUGCAGAGGGGUGGGGGUGGGUCUAACUGUCUUAACAUUUAAUUCACUGCUCUUCAGAAUACACUCGAGACCCAAAGUUGUGCUAGUCACUUGACAGUGACCACAAAGCGUGCUAAGAAAAGAUUGAGGGUGUAAAAAUGGGGUAGAGUGUUAUUUCCGUUUUUCAAAUGAGUUGAUGUACCCUUAUAUAUAUAUAAAUAUAUAUAUAUAAAACAACAAAACUAAAGAAACAAAAAAAAAAAAAAAACAAAAAACAGGAAAAAAACAACAAAAAAAUCAAGCCCUAUAUUUGAUCACUUCCUGGAAAGGCAUGAAUGUGUUUGUGGCUGUUUUUGUUUAAUAUUCUACUUCCUCUUUUCCCUCUAUAAUUUUUCUGCAAAUGAGAUUAUGUGCAAAUGCCAGGCAAGUUAACUCAAAAGGGUGAAUCGAGGCAAUUCAAAUGAAAUUUACAUGGAAGGCUUCCAAAGCAAAAGGAAGAAUAGGACGUGUCAUCAAAUAUGUUUUGUCACCUUGUAUUAUACAAAAUGUUAUUUUCUAAAGAGUCCGAGAAAAAUCUGUGAAACUUAUCGUGGAGUCCACUUGUAUUUAAAUGUUAACUCUCUUGUAUUAAUUUUGAGGCUACAUUCAGAAUUAGGUGUUUUAUUCAGUCUGUGAAAUAAGCAGCAUUUAUUAAUAUCAAGGUGUUUAAAUAAGAACUCAGGAGGUCAAACAUGAAUACAAACAGAUAUCAGUAUUUUGAAAAUAAAUAUUAUUUACACAAAAUAGUUUUUAAAUUAGAUCAGAAAGCAUUUAAAAUAGUUAAUUUUACUGUAUAAAGAAUUAAUUUUUUAACUAUAUGGUUCUAUCUUUCAGAAACAGAGAGCUGAUGCUCCCGGGAAAUCCAUUUUUAUCAUUUAGCUUUAUGUUUGAAAAUAAUGACAUAAGCAGCUAUGUCAUCUUCAUGUUAAAAACAUUAUAAGAUCAGUAUCAAAGGAACCUGCAGAAGACAGAGUCAUGUAAAGGAAAUAUUACCUAUGUAGCAUUUAGUUAAAAAAUAAUGUGAGAAAAACACAGAUAAUAGAACUUCUUCAUUACUUUAAUGAUUCAUCGUAGAACAUCCAUCACAGUUAGCCCCUGUGGAUUUGUGUAGUGGCUAUUGUAUUUUUGCUUUAUUCCUGCUAACAUAUAACAAGAAAACAAUUCUACAGUUUUGGUCCCAUGCUAAGAUGUGAGUUGGCCAAAAAAGAAAAUGUAUAAACUGCAACAGAUUUCACCGAGGGUAUAAGAGAGAACUACAAUCUUAGGGAUGAGUAUAAACAUUUUGUUACAAUGAGAAGAUUUCAGUAUCUGUGUGACAAGGUAAAGGAUUCUUAGCGUGUACGUUAAUUUUUAUUUGCUUAAAAAUGUUUACUUCCCUGACAACUUGCCUGGGUCUUUCUCUACAAUCUGUCUUUAUUCCUGUGCUCCCCUUGGAUUGUAUCAUAUUUUCAAAAACCAGAAGUGAAGCUGUGAGGAUGUGUGAAAAUUUAAAGUCAGCUUUGCACAUUGGGUUAUUUUUAGAAUUUGAGAAGGCCAUUGUUUACAUUGUACUAUGGACACCUGUCAUGAACAGAUAGAAGUGAACCUCAUUGGACUGGAUACCAAAAUCCCCCAGUACUCAGAAAAGUGUAAAUGUACCAAUGGCCUGGUUUAUUUUUGGGUUUUAUUUUCUUAUUUUUCAUUUCUUAAGUGCACGAUGGAAGUGUGGAAUAAAUGUAGAGGAAGUAAUCAGAUCACAAUCAUAUUUUAGGCAUCCAUAGGUGUUAAUUUAGCUGCAUUGGGAAUACAUUUUUUGUUCUAUUUUUAGUGUAGAUUUAAGCACUUUGAAUAGCAUGAUUCAGGGAUUGAUGGGUAAUAUUUGAUAUUCUCACAAUUUAAGAAACUUUUUUCCUCUAAUGCUUUGUCAUAUUUUAAAAAUAAAUAAAUGCAAAAGAAGCUAUUUAUGGCUUUAGGAACAUUCCUCCCAAAUAUUCCUCUAUCAGCUCCAUAUGACAACAGACAAAGGAAACUGUCAUGUGUUCACGUGCUCUAUGUUUAACAAAAGUUCUGUUAGAACUCAAAUAAAAUGAGAAAAAAAUGCAUUUCCCCUAGUGUUUAGGUUUCAUCCUUCUCUUUUUUUCUGAUGGGGUUCUGGGGAUAACAAUACUCUAGUUUGUAAAAAUGCAGUUGAAAAUGUGAAUAUGUUAGCCAAGCUGGGGGAGAGAAUGGACUUCCAGACUUGGACAUGUGUGUUGUUUGGUAUUGCCUGUUUUUCAUCAGUCACCGCUUGGGCUCUGAAUGAUAUAUUGUGGAUUCAAAAGUCCAUCCAGUUCUUUAGUAUAAUCUCAAUUCUCUGCUUCUGAGCAUCCUACACUUUAUUCUGAUGCUCAAAUAUUUGAUUAUUUAAUACGAAUUUAAAUUUAAUACCUUAGGUCUUCUCUGAGCAGAGAAGACAUUUUUAUCUUGUAUAUCCAGCUGACUUAAGUUUAGAUCAAUUCUAUGAAAUAAAUCCAAAACAUGAGUUUAGACCCGAACCUUCUAUAUGUCUAAGCUAAACACCUAAUUGUUGAAACAGCCAGUCAUUUUUGUGAUUAUUUUCUUCAUAGUAUAUGUAUUUGGGCCCUAUUGACUUAAUAGUAAAAUUAUAGAUGCUGGCUUCUUACAUAUUUCAUUAUUAUUAAGCAUUUUGUAACAAGAACAAAUAUUAACUGAGAACCAACCCCUAAACUGUAGGUAAAUUUUGUUUAUCCUAGAAUAGUCUUUCACUGUUCAGAUGUCAUUUAUGUAAAUUAAGAUCAUGCUUUCUAGGAAAACACUCAUUCGUACUUUUGUGAAGUAUUUCUGAUUCUAGAAUGAUACAGUAAUUCUCCUUUUUGAUGGAGUAUUUUUAAAUUUAUGCUUAAUUUCUUUCAUUUACAAUUAGCAUUUUUAGUUGUAUCGUUAAUCCAAGAAGACAGUGUAUUGAAAUUCAAAGAUAGCAUCAACAUCUUCCAAGUGAUGUGUCAGAUGGGAAGAAAAUACAGAGAGAUGGAAGAAGAAAAUCUAUUACUAUCUCUGAUCUAAACUUGGUUGACCAUUAACCCCAUUUUUACAUAGGUAAUUAAUAGAGGUAAAUAUUAUUAAAUAAGCUAGAAAUCCUACCUACAGAUCCACAACCACUAUAAUGGAAAAGUUUUCUGACAGUACAUACAGUUACGACAAAGAAACGAUAAUGUAACUGGGUUCCUGAAAAGGAGAUUGUCAGGGGAAACAGAGGCUAUUCCUCACCUUAUCACGAAUCCUUCCCAUUGAAUGUUCUGAGCAAUGUAACUGUCAAGUCAAUAAACAAGAUCAAAGAAAGUAAGUCCUUGGAAUUCCAGACAAAAUGAUGGUGUGUAAAAACCUUUUUCCUGAAUGUGAAUCACAGGAUACUCAUUAUCCAAAAUGCUACUCAUGCUUGGAUUUAGAAGACAUUAUCAUAUACUGAUUUUUAAAUAGCUCACGUACCUUGAAGUUAUUGUUGUGUCUCAUAUCCUACUUUCAUUCAUGAAAAUUCAAGAGAGUGAUUAUUGUUCUUCUACUAUAAGCAGUUCCUCUUCCAAAAUGGCCUCUUCGGGAAACCUCUUGUAUACUGAAAAAAAAGCUCCAUAUGAGAACAAAUCAUUUACACUUUGAUGAAUAAGAAUUGCUGAUUAUUAUUGGAAUCAUUUAUUUUAAUAUUUUAAUUAAAAAUAAUAUAGGUGGAAAGCAAAAUCAAGCAAUUUAGUGAUGUGUAAACUUCUUUAUGAUUCAUAUUUAAUCAUGUUUCUUUUUGCAAACCUAAGAAAUAACAGUAUAGGAAGAGAAGAAGUAAUUGCUUAAUGUGAUUUUUCCAGAAAGGACCUGUUUUUCUUAUGUAAAAAUUUAGAAUCAAUUAUAUAUUUGACUUUCAGCAGUUAAGUUUUUUAGUUUCCUAAAGUAUGAUAAGGUUUUGGAACAAUAUAGAGACUUUGGAAAAUGAACUAAAGUGAGGUUGUGAUUAAAGUUUUAGCUAUUACUUGUGAUUGCCAGCAAAGUGAAAGUUCAUGCUAUGCUAAGAAAUUGAGAUCCUAUUGCAAGGAGCUACGAAAUUUGAAUAAAGAGAAGGAUGAUGAUGAGAGUUAAUCAUACUCCAAAUUUUAUGUGCCUUAUCAAAGCUCAGUAACAUCCAUAGAAAGUUCCCACACUAAAAAGAAGGAACUCAACUCCAAUAUUCCAUGAGUGUCGUUUCUUGACUCCAGGCUGAGAACACAAGCACUUCUCCAUCACACACACACACACACACACACACACACACUCACACACCAUGAAUAUAUACAUUAUAAAUGUUUGUGUAAAUUACUUCUCCUCAAUAGUAAACUUUGCUUCAAAUAGCCUCUGGGUCCACGGACAAUCUCAUGUUUUUCAGUUCUUCAUUAAAUUAAGUAAAAUGCUAUUUUUCCACUACCAUUUACUACCUCUAUUGAUGUAUCACAUAGGGCCCAUGAUUCUGAAAAAUAUUCUCUUUCGCGUAGAAACAACCAUCGUAAAAGUCAUUAUACUAUGUCACUUUCAUUACUAAAUAAGCAGAAUCUGAAAAACUGCACAUGAACUUCAGAGUACUACAUGUAAUUACGUUGUGUAAAUUUUAAUCUUCGUAUUCCAUAUAACAUUGUUUCAAAGGGCAUGCUGUGUCAUUAAAAAAAGAUUUAAUGUGAAAUGACAUUACAUAGUGCAUGAAUAUGUGGCAAAGUAAUUUGGAUCUAUCUUUACUAGUCAAUGAACAAUUAAAUUGGGGGUGAUCAGAUGUGCUUUAGGUUAAUUCUCAACUGGGAAGAAGACAUCUUAAUGUUAGGAUACAUGGGCAGUUGUCUGUAUUCCUUGCAGUAUAUGCUCCUGUUAACUAGACCCCUUAGUGUAUUUUUCCACCGAAGUAGUGGAGGUAUGUUCAUAUAAUCUAUUGAAUUACAAAAUCUUUUACCUUUUCAGAUUUUCAAGGAACCCAAACAGGAAAGUGGAUUUAGUCAUUUUCCUCGGCUGGUGUUCAAGUCAUAUUUUAAACUCAAGACACUAUCAGAUUUGUUCAACAUUCAGUAAAAAAAAAGUGCAUUUUACAUAGUGUUUCCCUUUAGUUUUGCUUACCUUCUUUUGAUUUUGUACAAUCUAGAAUGUAUGUAACUCAUGCGUAGGUGAUGGAGGCACUCCUUUUUUCCUUAUAAUACUUACAAUUAUAUAUUUGGUUUUGCUUUGACUAGCGAUAGGAAAAUAGACAAAUACAAGUGUAAAAAUGAAAAAUUUUAAACUCGAAUUAUAAUUUGUGUUUUAUAGUUGUUUCAUAAGUCUGUUGCUCUCUAUGAGUAUGCUCUCUAUAUAUCCUGUAAAAAUAAAUUUAUAUGUUACAUAGAAAUUCAAGAAAUUAAAUUAUUUAUUAAGCUACAAAUGUUUCUUCUGAUUUCUACCUGAUCAUAGGUGAAAAUAAAUUAAAUGAUGUGUUGUUGGAACAUAUUUAAGUAUGUUUGUUAAUUUGAUAACUCUUGUUAUACUUUUCCUUCCCUCUCUGUUUAUGUCUAUUUAAUCUUAUAAUUCUAGGCCUAAUUCCUAUUGUGAUUGUGAAAAAAGAGACUUAAUAAAUGCCUAUAACUGCCUAGCUGGCUGUGAAAGGAAGAAAAAGAGAGAGAGAGAAAGAAAGAAAGAAAGAAAGAAAGAAAGAAAGAAAGAAAGAAAGAAAGAAAGAAAGAAAAAGAGAAGAAAGAAGAAAAUAAAGAAAGGUUGAUUUUUUAAAAGUCCAUUUAUAAGCUUUUUCCUUACUGAUGGAUUAUGGAGAGAUUUGAAUCGCUGCUUCAAUGAUUUGAAAGUCAUUAUCAUAUUAAUGAUCUUUGCAAUGUUAUAUUUAACAUAUUUGCUUCAUAAAAAUAUUUGAGAGAGAAAAGAAAGGAAUGAUAGCAGGUGAAUCCUUCUUCACUGUUUCCAUUUUUUAUUUCUUAUUCUCCAGGCAUUUUAUUUCUUUGUUUGAAAGGAUUAUUUAUAUAAUGACCUUAAAAUAUAAUCCCCUCAGGUAAUUUUAAAGUGGCCAAGAUCUUUAAUCAUCUUGUUUUUCUGCUCUGUUUGCAGGUACUUGUAGUGCUCAAUUAUUCGUAAAGAGAAAAAUUUUCGGCCUUAUUUUUCACAUUAUAUUUAAGACAAAGACUUAUUUAGUUACUUAGUUAUUUAUUUGAGGGAAGAAAAGGUGGUAAAUCUUUCCAUCACAAGCAUAGCAAGGGAAUAACCAUAAGCCUCUUAAAAUGAAUUGGUUAUUUAAGCAGAAUUCAUAUCUUAAGAGAGCAGCCUUUUAAAGAACACUUAUGAAAGACAAAACAGAAAUAAAUCAUUAUGAAAAUUUAAAGUAAUAGCUUAAAACCCUAUAAGGUUAUGUGAGUUGAGGCUUCAAACUUAUUAAUAUAUUUAAAAAUUCAUAGUUAUUUCUACCUCAGUCGGUUUUUUUAAUGGACAACAGUAACCUCUGUUAAGAAAAGUAAAUACGGAAUAAAACUCAAUGUUUAAUUUUUAUAGUAUAUUUUAAACUGUGCAUUUUGGAAGAUGAUACAUCAUUCAAAAUAUCAGGAAAAUGUCUCUAUAGUUGAAGAAUGUUUGGGAUAAUUCAUGUGCUUCAGACUUACACAUAAAUUCUGAGCAAUUUUCAAUUAUAUUCAUUAUUGACAGUUGUUUAAAAAACCAACACUAAUGAAGCAUCUAUUUUUUUGAAAAUUCCUAAUUACUAUCAGAUAUAAAUUUAACCAUGAAGUAGAAGCAUAUAAUGAGGCAAAUGUUCAGUUAAUUGUAAUAUUUUAAUAAUUCAAUCACUUAUUGCUGUGGGAUUUUUGGUAUCUAUACAAGUCCUAUAAGAAUUAUUCAGGUGAAUUCUUCAAUUAAUCCUGUAUUUCUUCAAUCGAUGCUUCGUGUCCAAAAUAAGCUAGUAUAGGUAGAGUCCUGACUUGUGGGCAGGAGGGUAGGGUAAGUUUCUGAAGAAUACAAAAGGCACAGUUUGACAAAUACAUUAGCAAAGUAUUUGCCCAAAUUAGAAAUUUUGAUAUCAAUUGCCUUUUCAUUCUACACUGAGGGAGAUUUUUCUUGAAGUGUUUUAUAACUGAUUUAGAAUUAAUCAGGACUUUAGAAAACAUAAAUAAAACUGAUAGAACAUCAAAAUCAAUAAUUUAUGGAUACUGUUCAUAAUUUUUGCUUAAUUGUGGAAAGAUAUACACUUACGAGUUUUAAAUUAAAGCAUAGAUAGAUAACAAUUAAAAAAAAAGAGCCAUGGUGAAAAAGUAGACUGUGAAUAACUGGCUUAUAAAAAACAGCUAAAUCAGCUCUUUUUUUACACUGGCAAAAAUAUGAGCCAAUGAAGAAACACUUACAAAAGAUAAAAUAUUCCUAAAACAGAGGAGGAGAAGAACAUGCCCAAAAUCUACAUAAAUAAUGAGUAUAAGAUUAUGAAAAAUCAAUAAGGGAUUUAACGUAAAUCAAGUGUUCUAAUUCUGUUACACUUAGCAAUACAAAUUCUAAAGAAUUAUAAGCUUGAAAGAAAAUGUAAAUGAAAAUCCUUUCUUAGAUAAUAUCAGGCUGAACAGAGAAACAUUUUUAGCAUAAUUUUCCGGGAGAAAAUAGGAAAUUGAUUAAUAAAUAUAAUGUAUCAUAGGAAUAAUGAUUUGUCAUAUUUGAUAUGACAUAAAAAUUUGGUCAAGUGUGAAAUAAUUCUUUCAUAGCAUCCCUCUAACUAUAAUACUAUGAAGUUCUGGGUGUGCUUCAAAGUCCCUGAGAAGAUUUAAAACAUCCCCAAAAUCCCAGAGAUUCAGAUGUAACUAGUUGGUAUAGAAUUUCUCCCUAAUGUUAGUGUUCUCUUUUCUCUUUUGUUUUCUGUCUUUUUUUGAGAAAAGAUCUCACUAUAUAGUUCAGCCUGGCCUUGAAUGUACUAUGUAGCCCAUACUAGCCUGGAGUUCCUUGUGAACUUUCCGCCUCAGCCUCCCCAUGCUAGGAUUACAUGUGUGCAUCAUCACACUAGGCCGGUUAGUGUUUUCGUAACAAACAUUAUAGGUGAUUCUAGAGGACAAUCAGAACUAAAAACUACAGGAACCAAACAAACGGUUCUCAAAUCUUUUGCUUGUUAAAAAUGAAAUUUCAAAUUGGGGUGCUUGUCAGUGGUAUAUUGCAUGCUUACCAUGUGUAAGACCCUAGGUCAGUUCCCAGGACCAAAAGCAUAUUAAAAAAUAAAAUAAGUUGGAUUGAACCUCAGUAAGGUUGGAGUAGUGACCAGUAUUUAUUAGCAUGUUUCCCAGGUAAUUCUAGUGCAGAAGCCCACCAAAUGCUUUUUGAGAUAUACAGGUGUAGAAUCCAUUGAUUUGUUAUUCCAAAAACUGGUGCUCUUUGGAAUGGAAAAUUAAACAUUGCAGUUGAAAAAUUACACAAUAAGUAAACAUGAGUAUUACUUUUUAAAUAAUUGCUCCCUAAUCGUUAUAUCUGUACUCACCAUAAAAGUCAAUAAUUGAAAUAAAACCCAAAGAAUUGAAAAUUAUACAACUGAAAAUAACCCAAGAAGAGGGGAAAAUUAGUCUUCUUUGACUCAAAAAAGUCACCUACCAUUGCCAUUGAAUACAUAGUUUCAAAAAAAGUAUGCCGUGUAGCAGAAAAAUAAGCUAAUUAGCAGUUAAGUGUUAAUUAAAAACACAACUUUCUUCUGAAAGAAUGUGGUUCUGGUGUCAUUUCUGUUUUUAUUUGUAAAGGAGGAAAAAUAAAAUUAAAUAAGGUUACCAAAGACAGUUGUUAAAAUAAAUACAAAAAUAUCAAAUCAGUUAAAUUAGAGUUAAUUAACCACUAUUUCAUUCAAAUUAACAAUUUUGUCUAAAGAUUAAUAAAGAGUUUUCCACAAGUUCUUUUGCAUGAAAAGCAUUUAUAGCAUUUUUUAAAGCAAACAUUACUGGUUUGCUCUAUAAAACAAACCUCAGGAAUUUUUUGAUCUUGUAAUUUGGAGACCUACUAUAAAGUACAUAACUGCACAAAGUACAAAACCGUAUUCAUGCAGUGCCAAUAAAUUUAGUUAAUGCUGCAUGAGAUAAGACAAGAAGCUAAAUACCUCACCUUCCAUUAUUUCAGCAAAAUGACAACCUACACAAUGUCAAACCUCUUUCUAUCUUUAUUUUACCUCUCAACCAUUUUCUCCAACAAUGUAGUUUUAAUCAUAUACAUUUAACUCACUGGGCUAAUUUGGAUCUCUAUGUCCCUAGUUUUGAGACUGCUAGCUUCUGUUUCUUAAAAAGAAUGUAUUAUUUGAUGUCAGAUUCUCAUGAACCGAUUAUGUCACUGAUACUCAGUGCAUAUUUCAAGGACAUUGCUCUUGUUAGGAGAAACAUUCUUCUAAAUUCUUCACGGAGAUUUCACUUAUAAUCCUAGCGAUUCUUACCACUGAUGAUUUAUAAUACAGAACAUAUCCGAAAUAAUAUGCCACAGCAAUUUUUAUUGGGUUUAAUAUAGGUUUUAAUAGUUAGACACUAAACAAAAAAGACAAUACAUUAAUUUAGCUUCAGAAUGCAUAAUGGAGAAUAGGAGAUCAGUCAUUUACUGUCACAGUGAGAAGUAUUUAGUGUGUUAAAUGAGUGUACAUGUAUGCACACAGGCAUAAUGUACACACAAUCUGAAAUUUAAAACAAUAUACAUUAUCAAUGCAUUUCAAUGUGGUUAAAAUUUGUGCUACAGUAAACAAAUACCUGUGAGUUUCAAAGGUAAUACACUUCAUCACGAAAUUACCCAGUGAAACAUUCUUGCAUAGGCUAAAAAUACCCAAGUUUCUCUUCAAGUAAAUUUUCUUUAAGGACAUGUAUCUUAUCUUAAAGGAGAGAAUCAGCUCAUUCUUUAUUUUUCCCUUAAAAAUUCUGUAACUGUUUCCUUUUCCUACUCUUUCCAUUACACGGUAGCCCUGAAUUAUUUAUUUAUAAAGAACGAGAGUGGUAUUGCACUCAGCAACUAUUACAAGAAAAGCCUGUGAAAGCACCAAAGUUAUUACCGUGGGAUUCCUAUCUUUUGGUCUAUUUUAUGUUUCCGUGACUGUGAAAUAACUUACUCUUCAGAUUACAUUUAAAUUAUUUCCUCAGCAAAUAACAUAUCCUCAGCAAACCCUAACUUUAGAAAUACAGUUACUGAUAAGACUUUUCUUUAGUUUUCUCUUUACAGACUCCGUGCCAUCACUGAAGUGAAAUAGAAACACAAUAGAAUUAAGUAAAUUUACAACUGGCCAUCUUACGAGUACUGCACCCUAAGUAUUCUGCGCCAGGAGUUGACCUUGUAUUCAUAGUCAUCUUCAAAACAGGAAUCUGAAAAAUUUGCUGUGUAUCAUCAUGUGAAUACUGGACAUGGGAUGAGAACUCACAGGAAGGGGAUAACAGAAAUUUUUGCUGGUGUAGGAUUGGAGAAUUGUUGAUAUUGCUAAAGAUAACUAUGACUAAUGGAUAAGACUACAUAGCUGACUGUGGCAAGGAUCACAUACAUAGGAUAUGUACUUUUAUUUUUAAGAGGGAAGGAAAUCAGUCAUUAUAUAUGAAUGCUGCAUACGCUAGCAAUAGAGAUAGUGAUUUUGUAAUUUUGAUUGCACUUGCCUUAAAUUUUUUUCCAAAAAGAAAUUAUGAAUAUAUAUAUAUAUAUAUAUAUAAACAAAUAUAAAUGAGGAGGUUGAAGAACAUUGUUUAGAAAUAGGCAAGUUUUGCACUGAUUAUACUUUUUUACAUAAUUUAAUGCAUAAUGACAGAGCAUAUUUGACAGGUUCAUUUAAAGAGUACAUGAGCACAUGAUAACAGCAGUUUGUAUAAGCACAAGGUAUUCUAUGUUUAGAUUAAAGAUUAACAAUGAAAAUUUUUGGUCUGACUGCUUUAAAUAUCAAAAAAGUUGGAUGUUUAAAGAUGCAUUUGCUACUUGCAUAAGAAUAUUUUUGUAUAAUAUUGAGAAAGGUUUAAAAAUGGACUUGCUUUAUGGAGUGCAACUUUAAGAGAAAAUAAACAGGGUUUAUGUCCAGUUUGUAAAAUGUUUUCUUUCAAAAUUACUCUUUCACUGGUUAAAUGCAAGGAUAUGAUGACAUGAAAUAAUUUUGUGUGUGAAUUGAAUAAUACCAUCACCAAUAACACAAAACAAAAUAAAGCAAUGUGACUAA